CACACACGCCAGCCCGCCCGCGCGCCCGCGGUGCUCUCCCUGGAUCAGGCUGGGCCCCCCGCCGCCCGCCAGCGCCCCUCCAGCUGGUGCGCGCCCAGCUGUUUCUAUAGAAACCGCAGCAGCACCCGGGCCCCUCCAGCAGAGGCCCCCGAGUGAGCAUGCCCAGUGGAAGUCGCUAGUUUGGCUCGGGUCUGGGUUUCCAGUAAGUGGCAUGCGGGACUCCGGAGUGAGCCCUAUGAGCUGAGCGAAGAGUCUUUGUGUGCAGAGGGAGGAGGAGGCGGCGGCCGCCUGGCCUGGAGUCCCCGCCCGGGGAGCCCCCGGCAGGAACAAUGCUAGCCUGCCUGACCCGGGGGAACUUACUGGACGUCCUGCAGGAGGGCUUCAAUGAGGAGUCAAUGCCAGCUAAACAGAUGCUCCCUGGCAGCAAGCUAUCAGGCAGCGUUAUGUUCCUCACGCAACAGCUGCAGGCAUAUGUGGCCUGGGUGAAUGCACAGCUGAAGAAGAGGCCAGCGGUGAAGCCUGUGCAGGACCUGCGACAGGAUCUUCGGGAUGGGGUGAUCCUGGCAUAUCUCAUCGAGAUUGUUGCAGGAGAAAAGCUGAGUGGGGUACAGCUGAGUCCUAGCAACCAACAAGAAAUGAAGAAUAAUGUGGAGAAGGUGCUACAGUUUGUGGCCUCCAAAAAGAUUCGUAUGCACCAGACUUCAGCUAAAGAUAUUGUGGAAGGAAACUUGAAGUCUAUCAUGAGGCUGGUCCUUGCCUUGGCAGCUCAUUUCAAACCUGGCUCUAGCAGGACAGUGAGCCAAGGACGGGACUCCAGAGCCCCUCCGCAGAGUCACCAACCACACUGUGCCACUGCUGUGGCCCAAGGAGCAGCUGCUGCUCUGGCUGAUGUGUGUCAUGACAUGUCACGGUCAGGACGGGAUGUCUUUCGAUACAGACAGAGGAACAGCAGCAUGGAUGAGGAGAUUGAGAAUCCAUACUGGAGUGUGCGAGCUCUGGUGCAGCAGUACGAAGGGCAGCAAAGGUCCCCGUCUGAGUCCAGCUGCUCCAGUCUGACUUCACCCAGUCCUAUCCACAGUGCAAAGAGCGAAUCCAUUAUUACCCAGUCGGAGGAGAAAGCAGAUUUCGUGAUUAUCCCCUCUGAAGGAAUAGAGAACAGAACAGAGGAGACAGACUCUCCAUUAUCCCGAGACUGGCGACCAGGUAGCCCUGGAACCUAUCUGGAGACUUCAUGGGAAGAACAGUUGUUGGAACAACAAGAACAUUUAGAAAAAGAAAUGGAGGAAGCCAAGAAGAUGAUAUCAGGAUUACAGGCCUUACUGCUCAAUGGAUCCUUACCCGAAGAUGAACAGGAGAGGCCCUUGGCCCUCUGUGAACCAGGAGUCAAUCCCGAGGAACAAUUGAUUAUAAUCCAAAGUCGUCUGGAUCAGAGUAUGGAGGAGAAUCAGGACCUAAAGAAGGAGCUGCUGAAAUGUAAACAGGAAGCCAGAAACUUACAAGGGAUAAAGGAUGCCUUGCAGCAGAGGUUGACACAGCAGGACACAUCUGUUCUUCAGCUCAAACAAGAACUAUUGAGGGCAAAUAUGGACAAAGAUGAGCUGCACAACCAGAACGUUGAUCUGCAGAGGAAGCUAGAUGAGAGGAACCGGCUCUUGGGAGAAUAUAAAAAAGAGCUGGGGCAGAAGGAUCGCCUCCUUCAGCAGCACCAGGCCAAGAUGGAAGAAGCACUCCGGAAACUCUCUGAGGCCAGUUACCAGCAGGUGGAUCUGGAGCAGGAGCUAGAACACAAAGAUGUUCUUUUGGCUCACUGUGUGAAAAGAGAGGCAGAUGAGGUGACCAACCACAACAGUCACAACUCUCAAAGCAAUGGUUUCCUCCCUCCAGUGGCGGGAAAAGGAGCUGCUUCAGUCACCCUCAGAGGGACCAGCGACCUGCAGCUUGUACGAGAUGCCCUCCGCAGCCUGCGCAACAGCUUCAGUGGCCAUGACCCUCAGCACCACACCAUUGACAGCCUGGAACAGGGCAUCUCCAGCCUCAUGGAGCGCCUGCACGUCAUGGAGACGCAGAAGAAACAAGAACGAAGGGUUCGGGGCAAGUCACCCAGAACUCAAGCAGGUAGUGAAUACUGGGAGUCCUGGCCCCCUAAUUCAAAGUUGCCUCACUCACAGAGCUCUCCAACUGUCAGCAGCGCCUGCACUAAAGUGCUCUAUUUUACUGACCGGUCACUUACGCCCUUCAUGGUCAAUAUACCAAAGAGGUUGGGGGAGGUCACACUUAAGGAUUUUAAAGCAGCUAUUGACCGGGAAGGGAAUCACCGCUAUCAUUUCAAAGCGCUGGAUCCGGAGUUUGGCACUGUCAAAGAGGAGGUUUUCCACGAUGAUGAUGCCAUCCCUGGAUGGGAGGGGAAAAUUGUAGCCUGGGUGGAAGAAGACCAUGGAGAGAAUUAAUGCUGAGUAUUAGAUUGGGGCUUGUGGAACUUGGCAUUCCCUGGCUGCUUCACUCAGGAAAGAGAGGACUAAAACUAGAAUACACUAAGAAGUUUCUAGUUUGUGCUGCCAAAACAGAAGCUUCUCCAAGUGUGACAGCCACAGGCCUGUCCUGUUUCAGUGCCUGGCAUAUGUGGUACUUAAAAUCCCUGUCCAAAUGUAGACCAUGGGUUCAUCUGGAGUUCCUUGUUCGUGGGAACACAGUGUUUUAUUCUACUCUGAGGACAACAAACCGAAGGCCUUAACCAAUAGGAAUGGAUGAUCUUGCUCUUGUAGGGGCAUGGCUGCUAUUAUUUGGAACCCGGGGAUUGGAUGCAUCACUCCUGUGUGUUACAGUGUUAUUUUAAUUGGUCUCAAUGGUUGCAGCAAUCAAGAGUCCCAGCAUUUGUACUCACACACAAGGCAAAGGUACCCGCUGUUUUGCUUCUUUGUAGCUAUUACAAACCAAGAAUAACUCAUGGGGUGGUACCAAAGAUGAAAGCCACUCUUGAGGAAUCUUUUGGACUGGACAUGGAUGGUGCUGAAUUGUUGACUGGAUGGAAAAAGGGCUGCCCAUAUUGUGCUAUACUAUGCUAAAACCAUAAUUAAGUAGGACGUUGGGCUGCCUCUUGUGUCUUAACUGGUUCUGCAACUUGUCCUUUAGCCCACAGAGGGCAUAUUUCAUGUACUGCUGGUUUUCUCUGGGGACUCUUCAACUUUAGAGCCGUUGUUUUUUUUUCCCUUCCAACUGAUGAACUUUGUGUUUGAAAGGAAGAAGGAGUGAAAGUCUCCUUAAAAAUCCAGGCGGGUAUGGAAAGGUGCUGCUACCCAUAUCUUCUUGACUUUCUUUCUCCCAUGACUUUCUUUAUCUCAUGGCAUCUCCUUGGGAGUCAAAAGGAGACAGACUAUUAAUUUCAGUAUUUGUGAUUUAUAAAAAACUAAGCAUGAGUUACUGGUCGGCCUCUCUUCAUUAAAAGGCCAGAGUUAAUUUCUAUUAUAUAUUUAGUCUAGGCUGAUCCUUUAGGGCACAAUAGAAGCCAUGGGGCAUGAAGCAUGAGUUAUAAAUGGCAGGGUUGACUCUGGGUGAAAAAACCUAGAAUCCUUCCUCAUGUGCCACAUUGUCAAGUGUAGAAACUAAAAGAAAAUAGUUAAGUUUCUAGAGAUUACUUAAUAACUUGGGUUUUCUUAUUCAUUCACCAAACAUGAUCAACCAGUUAGCCAUUUUACAUACAGAGAGAGGUUUUGCACCCCAAAAGCAGUCUGCCUGUGACCAAACAAUGUACACUGCCAACCAGAAGAGUAGGACAGAUCAUUUCUGGGUUCUUGACCUGUCUUUAGCUCGUCUUCACGUUUCAGCCAUUUCAACAGACUACUCGUUCAAGCUCUGAGAUGACAUUUUGUUGUUUUAUAUAAAUGUGUCUUUUUAAAAUUGUUCAUGUUUGGAGAAUUCUUUUGUACUCAUUUGCUUUUUUGUCUGAGAACCAUGUCUAUUUUUAUAACUUGAGUGUGAGUUCUGUAUAUUCUCACAUUCUGUAUGAUGUAUCCAUUUUCUAGAGAACCCAGUAGCUUUUAUACAGGCUAUUCUCUUCUUAUCAGCCCUUGUGGUUUCAGAGUAAGCUUUAUUUUAUUACAAGCAUACAAAAGAUAACUCCUGUUCCAAUUCUACCUGCCAUUGUAGUUGUGGAAGUAUUUUACGUAAUCAAUUUGAUUGCUCCUCUAGCAGGCAGAAGGAGCUCAAAAGACACCUGCUGUCUUUCACUUAAGUUUACCUGGUCUUUUUCUAUUGAAGAAUGAUUUCUCAUAAGAAAUGACUGCAAAAGUUUGGGAAAGUCAGUCUAAAGCAAGAAUAAUUCAUUAUGAAAGCAAACAGAAGAAAACAGUAUAUUCUCCGUUUCUUUUUCCCAGAAAGUCUGGAGAAAAAGUCCACCUUCUCUGUUGCAUGAAUUUUAGUGUUUUGCUAUAAGACAGCAUGAGGGUUAACAGGCCAAAAUUCAUUAUUGUAUUUCCAUUACAAUUUAUCUUGAAUGUCUGUAUCUUAAAUCAGUUUUUACUUGUCAGUUUUCUUUCAGUAAACAUUCUUACCAUUAUGUAAAAUUCACCUGUUCAGAGAAAAUUAAAUCAGAGAAAGUCCUCUAACUUAUUUGUCUUUUAUCUCUCUAUGUCCUUUGCAAAAGGAGCUGCAUGGCCUAGUGCCUCCAUAGAAAGCUGAAGUUGAGUGCAGGGGAGAAAAUGAGAUAAUUUUCCCCUUUUAGCUCAUUGAUCUCAUAUGCCACAGGUAAUAACUAAACACCAUUACAGGAUGUCACUCCAGUAAUUCUUGUGUAAAAUGUGUUGCUAAUCCUCACUCUAGUUUCUAAAGACAGGAACACUCUGAGGAGAAGUGGGCCUUGAUUCAUUCUGGCUUGGAUAGUCUCCUAUUUGAUAUACUGUGGCUGCACUCUAGGAUGCCUCUUGACUUAUUCAGAGUAUUGUCACGUAGUGGCAUUUGUGUGGGACAGUCCAUCCUGCCACUGCUAACAUUCUAUUUCUUUGAGAAAACUAAGGAAUUAGAAUGUUUAGAGUUCUAAAUUAAUCUCUAAAACCCUGAUAGAUUAAAAAAAGACCCUCUUGUAAAAACUAGUUUAGUAGAAAGCUCAAUUCCUUAAAAAGUCUUCAUUUAAGAAUUGAAGACUAUUCUUACUCAGUUCUCUAAAUUAUCUGGAAUUGGAACACUUUACAAUUUAUACCUAAAGAAUUUAGGUUAAACUUACUUGGAAAUGGCAGUCCUACUUACUAACUUUUCAGCUCUUUUUGACCAAGAUGGUUGUAAAUUAGGGAAAAUAUCUUUAUGCUUCACUUCGUUCCAAGAGGACUCUAAUUACUUAAAGCAUUUAGGCCAUAAUUAUAAUCAUUUUCAUUUUUUUACAUAAAAUAAGUGUUAUGAUUGCACACUCCUAUUGUCUGAAUUUAUGUAAGAGGUAUAGCUUGCUUAAAAUAUAUAUGUAAAGUUAUAUUUUCUUAGAAACAUGGAUGACUGCAACAAUUGCUUUCAAAGAGAUUAUUACUGUGUAUUCUCCCCGUUUUACAAUAUGUUUUCAUGAAGACUGUGUUAUACCAGUGGCUUCUGAUUAUCAAAAUGAUAACCAGUUUUAAAUGCCUGUAUAUACCAGAUUUGUGAAUUAAAAAAACAAACUAUGAAUAAAAUGGAGUUUGCAAACUAAAUACUAUUAAUCAUUUUCACUUGCAUUUAUCGACUGAAAUUAAUCAAUAAAGCAAUUUACAUUUAGUGAAA